AAGCAGCCGCCUCCCAUCCGGCGGCAGCAGCAGCAGCAGAAUGAAGUACUGUCUUGGAUCAGAAUUGUCAGCCACUGCUUCUCUUACAUGUUACAAGCUAUAAAGGGACAGUUUCCAUUAACCAUGACUCUUCUUGCUACUGCAAUGUGGUAUUGCAGGCAACUAUAUACAUAUAUAGCUCAUCUGUUAAAAAGGUGGAGCAGAUACCUGCAGAGAAAAUUCACAAAUAACCAAAGUGUUUUGGGUGAAGUUGAUCUGCUUGGCUACUGUGCAAAAGAAUGGAAAGGAGAAACAGAGCAAGCCAGACAGAUGAAAAAGGCUUAUGAAGAGCUGUUUUGGAGACACCAUGUGAAAUAUGUACGGCAAGUCAGGGGAGAUAACUACUGUGUGCUGAGAGCUGUGUUGUUCCAGAUAUUCAGCCAAGGUCUUCCUCCUCCAUCGUGGACAAAGGCAACAGAUGUCCUAAAGCUCCCUGAGAAACUUCUCUAUUCACAAGGUUGUAACUGGAUCCAGCAAUAUAGCUUUGGACCAGAACAGUACACAGGCUCCAACACAUUAGGGAAAUUACGAAAAUGCAUUGAAACUUUAAAAAAUCAGUGGAUGGAAAUCAGUGUUAUUAAAGACCAGUAUGAAAGAGGGAAGCUGUGCAAUGCCCUUUUUACUGACGAAAGUAUCGAACACAAGCUGUAUGAGGCCAUAAAGUUCAUCAUGCUCUACCAAGUCAUAGAAGCCUAUGACUGCAUGAACAGCAAGCAGGAGCACAUUCCCAGAUUUUUUAACCACCUUUUUAGGUGCGAUACCUCCUUGGACCCCUUAAGUUACAUGAUGAAUCAUCUGAAUUCCAUAGGGGACAGAAGAGGUCUUGACCAGGUUGAAAUGUUUCUCCUUGGGUAUUCUCUUGAAGUAAAAAUAAUAGUUUACAGAUUGUGUAAAUUUAAUUCCGGAGAUUUUCAAGAAAGGUAUGUGGAGGAGGAUUGGAGGGACUGGCAGGAAGUAUCCCUUCUUACUGAAGAUGACCGUCACUAUCACAUCCCUGUUAUCAGAACAUAAAAACUCACUUCUAGUACUGCUGGCAGAACUAUCUGACAUCAGUUCCCCUAAUGAAGAAUGGUGUGAUAUUCAAACAGUGAACAGAGUGUUGGGCUUAAAAAAUGGGAAAUGCAACUCAACUAUAAAUCCCACUCCACUAUAAAGUCCAUUAGAUGGCCAUCAGCCAAGCCAUCUCAUAGCUUAAUCUCCUUCACAGUUUUAUUGUGAGGGUAAAAAAACGAAAACACCUCACAAUUUAACCCCCAUGUGUGCUGCCCUCAUGCUCUCACCUGCAGUAUGCUUAAAGCUAAACACUUUGGUAGUGGUACAAACUGGAUAUUAAUGACAAGUCACACGACAAGUCACAUAAUUCAUAAUCCACUCAUAUUAGGUAUAUCUAAACCAGAGACUAAUAAUUAUUCCCAUUCCCCAAAGAGCUGUAGUUUUGUGAGAGAGGUAGCCUAGAAAUCUAACAGAGAAUUCUCAGCACCAUCACCAAACAACAAUUUGCAGAAUUCCUUGUGAGAAACCAUGACAUGGAAUUUUUAUAUAAGUUGGUAGUGUAGAUACACUCUUUGAGACUGUAGUCAAAGGUCUAUGGAGGCCUCAUUUUCAUUUAUAUAGUCUCCAGUGCAGCCUGUUAUCCACUGUUAAAUAAACAGAAGCUAUCAUGCCCUGAACUCGGGAAUAAAAAUGAAGGCCUUAUGUGCAAGACUGUAGCAGGCAAAGCUUUUCUAGUAUAUCAGGUCCAUGAGUGUUGGUUAAAAUCACUGAUUUGUUCUGCAAUAGAGACCCUUUUCAUCCAUCACAUUGUGUAAAAACACCCUGCAGUCCCUCCCACUCCUAAAUCUGUUCCAGAGGGUCCCCCCAACCCUCCAAAAGAUUUGGGAGGGGGCUGCAGGAGGGAGAGGAAAUCCUUUUUACCAGUGGUUCCCUUCCACUGUCGUGAAAUGUUAUGGAGACUAAUAUAUUGGCUCAACUCCUUUAAAAAUGACAGAUAUUGGGUUGCCAUCCCACAAUAAAGAAGCUGUGAAGAGCCAUUUGUAUGGCCCUCCCCAAGCACAUAAUUUCAUAACCCUCUAUUGCCUACAGCUGACCCACAGUAAUCUUAUCAACUACAUUAUUAUUACAAGGAUUGUCUUACUGCUACAGUUCUGAAUAGGAGAUUUCAGUAUGUCCUCUGUAGUAAUCAGAACAAUCAAAAGCAUUGCUGUUGGCUGGCCAUAAUCAGGGCUGUGUAUAUAUUCCAAAUUCUGAACUAUGAAAAGUAGAAUCCUUCAGACUAAAAAUGUGUAAUCCUGCAGUUUAUACUGUUUGGGAUACUUUUUUUAAAAAAAAAAAUCCGUCACUGAGUGAGCAAAAGAGUUAAGCAAGGCACUGAAACCAUACUUCCAAACACUGGAAAGCUGAUUAAAUUGCCAUUUUGGUUUUUGAGAUUUCAACAAGCAUUGCCUACACUCUUUUUCAAGCAUAUGGGCAUAGCCAUAAGUACAAGAAACCUGCUCUUUACUUAAAAGAAAAAAGGUGAAAUUCUUAUAAUAUUGAAUUUUGUGAGCAAAACCAUGUUCAACAUUGUAUGCACUCAGCAAGAAUCACAGCAUAUGCAUAUACUCUUCUUUUUCGGAAGAGUAAUUGUAAAUAUUUUUAAAUUAAUGAAUCUCUUACUAUUUCAGUGUACUAUAACAUUCUGUAACAUGCAUUUUUUGUGAAAGUUUUUAUUGUCUGGUUUUAUAAUACUUAGCAGAUUCCAAACUGAUUCAUUUCUUCUCUUGCAUUUUUGAAGAGCAGUUGUAAAUCACUCAAGAUCCUUUUAAUAGUGUCUAAUCAUCUUAAAGUGGAUAUUAAGCACUGUGUGCUUUUGAAGACAAGAGACUCGACUCAUUUCUGACAUGAAAUAUUUUUCUUUCUUUCUUCAACUUCUUGUUUGUAUAUAUAUAUAUGUGCUUAAGACCAAAAUGUCAUAAAGUACUGUAAUCAGGUU